AGGCGGCCCGCUUUUGGCUGUUCUCCAUGAUGACUGGGUUGACUGGCCACAGUGUGAGGCUGGAGGAAGGAGGCUCGUUCGAGCGUGACUCCUCUUCUCAGGUCAACACUUCUUUCUUUCUAGAACACUCUCCACAGCGUGAACAUGAACAUCGCACGGCACCGCAGCAAGCAGAUUGAUGAGCUGAGAUAAAGCAGUAUCUUCAGCGAAAAAGGAAAAAAAUAUAUAUAUAAAAACCCUCCCGGCAGAAAAGAUGCCAUUUGUUCUGUGUUCCCUGCUGCUUCUCGGAUGCACUCGUGUCAUGUCCACCUAUGGGCCUCAUCAACGAGCACAGAUGACUGGUGACAUUUUGCUCGGAGGACUCUUUCCCAUUCACUUUGGCGUUGCAUCCAAAGACCAAGACCUGGCGGCGCGGCCGGAGUCCACACAAUGCGUCAGGUUUAAUUUCCGUGGUUUCCGUUGGCUGCAGGCCAUGAUUUUUGCAAUCGAGGAGAUCAACAACAGCAGCACUCUCCUGCCCAACAUCACAUUGGGCUACAGGAUCUUUGACACGUGCAACACGGUGUCAAAGGCACUGGAAGCCACUCUCAGUUUCGUGGCCCAGAAUAAGAUCGACUCCUUGAAUUUGGAUGAGUUCUGCAACUGCACCGACCACAUCCCGUCGACUAUCGCAGUCGUGGGAGCGGCGGGAUCUGCUGUCUCCACAGCGGUGGCAAACCUACUGGGGCUGUUUUAUAUUCCACAGAUCAGCUACGCCUCGUCCAGUCGCCUCCUAAGCAACAAGAACCAAUACAAGUCCUUCAUGAGAACCAUCCCUUCGGAUGAGUACCAGGCUACGGCGAUGGCGGAUGUGAUCGACUAUUUCCAAUGGAACUGGGUGAUUGCCGUGGCCUCGGAUGACGACUACGGGCGGCCUGGUAUCGAAAAGUUUGAGAAGGAGAUGGAGGAGAGGGACAUCUGCAUCCAUCUCAACGAACUCAUCUCUCAGUACAUGGAAGACCACGAAAUCCAAGCGCUGGCCGACAGGAUCGAAAACUCGAGCGCCAAAGUUAUCGUGGUGUUUGCCAGCGGGCCCGAUAUGGAGCCGCUCAUCAAAGAGAUGGUCCGAAGAAACAUCACGGACCGCAUUUGGAUCGCCAGUGAAGCUUGGGCGAGCUCCUCUCUCAUUGCCAAACCUGAAUAUCUGGAUGUGGUGGCAGGCACCGUUGGCUUCGCCUUGAAGGGGGGACAUAUACCCGAGUUUAAAGACUUCCUGCAACAAGUGCAACCAAAGAAAAACGCUCACAAUGAAUUUGUCCGGGAGUUUUGGGAGGAAACUUUUAACUGUUAUCUGAAAGACAGUCGGCGGCGUCACCAAAGUGACAACGGCAGCACAAGUUUUAGGCCUUGGUGUACAGGUGAGGAAGACAUCACCAGUGUGGAGACACCGUACCUGGACUACACCCACCUCCGUAUCUCAUACAACGUGUACGUAGCAGUUUACUCCAUUGCGCAGGCCCUGCAGAACAUCCUAACCUGUAAACCCGGACAUGGACUUUUUGCAAACAACUCCUGCGCGGACAUCAAGAAAAUGGAAGCGUGGCAGGUACUAAAGCAGCUCAGACAUUUGAAAUAUACCAACAGUGUGGGAGGAAAGGUGCACUUUGACGAGAACUUUGACGUGGCAGCAAACUACACGAUAAUCAACUGGCACAGGUCUGCCGAAGAUGGUUCUGUGGUGUUUGAGGAGGUCGGAUACUAUAAUAUUCACUCAAAGAGGGGAGGCAAGCUGGUCAUUGACAAGACAAAGAUUCUCUGGAAUGGAUACAGUUUUGAGUUCUGCUCACUCUUAUCCGACUUUUGUCUGCUUCCAAUCUGUCAGGUGCCAUUCUCCAACUGCAGCGAGGACUGUGAGCCUGGAACCAGAAAGGGCAUCAUAGACAGCAUGCCGACUUGUUGCUUUGAAUGCACCGAGUGCUCCGACGGAGAGUACAGCAACCACAAAGAUGCCAGCAUUUGCACCAAAUGUCCCAAUAACUCCUGGUCCAGUGGGAACCACACCUCCUGUUUUUUAAAGGAAAUCGAGUUCCUGGCUUGGACCGAACCAUUUGGGAUCGCUUUGACCAUAUGCGCAGUAUUGGGCGUUGUCUUGACAGCUUUUGUCAUGGGCGUGUUUAUCAAGUUCCGCAACACGCCCGUAGUGAAGGCCACAAACCGAGAAUUGUCCUAUUUGCUGCUCUUCUCACUCAUUUGCUGUUUCUCCAGCUCGCUGAUCUUCAUCGGACAGCCCCGCGAUUGGAUGUGCCGUCUGCGGCAACCGGCUUUCGGUGUCAGUUUUGUUCUUUGCAUCUCCUGCAUCCUCGUCAAAACUAACCGAGUGCUUCUGGUCUUCGAGGCCAAGAUCCCGACCAGUUUCCAUCGGAAAUGGUGGGGACUGAACCUGCAGUUUCUCUUGGUGUUCCUCUUCACGUUUGUCCAAGUUAUGAUAUGCGUGGUGUGGCUUUACAACGCUCCCCCGUCGAGCUAUAUGAACCACGACAUCGACGAGAUUAUUUUCGUCACCUGCAAUGAGGGCUCCGAGAUGGCUCUUGCGUUUCUCAUUGGCUACACGUGCCUCCUGGCGGCCAUCUGUUUCUUCUUCGCGUUCAAAUCCCGCAAACUUCCCGAAAACUUCACCGAAGCCAAGUUCAUUACUUUUAGCAUGCUCAUAUUCUUCAUUGUCUGGAUCUCCUUCAUCCCCGCCUACUUCAGUACUUACGGCAAGUUUGUGUCAGCGGUGGAAGUCAUUGCAAUUCUGGCAUCCAGCUUUGGGAUGUUGGCCUGUAUCUUCUUCAACAAGGUCUACAUCAUCCUCUUCAAAUCUUCCAGGAACACCAUCGAGGAAGUCAGGUGCAGCACGGCGGCGCAUGCCUUCAAAGUGGCCGCCAAAGCCACGCUCAAACAGGGCACCGUGUCCAGAAAAAAGUCCGGCAGUAUCGGAGGAUCGUCCGCCUCCUCUCCGUCGUCCUCCAUCAGCCUAAAGACCAACGGGGACGGUGGCGAGACAACCUCCGGAAGGCACAAGCCAAGAGUGAGCUUUGGCAGCGGGACAGUCAUGUUGUCUUUAAGCUUUGAGGAGUCGAGAAGAGGUUCUUUAAUGUGAUCGCCCACCUUUUAGUGACACCUUUUUUGGGGUACUUUAAAUGUCAGCCUGCCUAAUUAAUUGUACGUAAUUUACAGAACGUUCUUUUGACUUUCAGCAUUAAUUUGACUAACCGCUGCGCGCUGAAUACAAUGU